UUGGGGAUUUGCUUUGCUCGGAGUGGACCCCGAGGCUGACGCGGUGCGGAGAUUCUCUCCGCAAUGGAGCGGCCGCUCCCUCCCCACUUUCCCAUACGGAUCUCCGCCUAACACCUCCCCCUCCGGCUCGGAGCCAUUCCGUAGUGCCAUCCAGAGCAACGCGUUGCCGCAGCUCCUCUGAGCCUUUCCAGCAAGUUUGUUCAAGAUUGGCUGUCAAGAAUCAUGGACUGUUAUUAUAUGCCUUGUUUUCUGUCAUCCUGCUAGGAGGCUCGAGCCAUGCUAGUUUGAUACCUGAGACGGGGAAGAAAAAAGUCGCCGAGAUUCAGGGCCACGCGGGAGGACGCCGCUCAGGGCAGAGCCAUGAGCUCCUGCGGGACUUCGAGGCUACACUUCUGCAGAUGUUCGGGCUGCGCCGCCGCCCGCAGCCUAGCAAGAGCGCCGUCAUCCCAGAUUACAUGCGGGAUCUUUACCGGCUCCAGUCUGGGGAGGAGGAGGAGGAAGAGCAGAUCCACAGCAUCGGUCUGGAAUACCCUGAGCGCCCCGCCAGUAGGGCCAACACCGUGAGGAGCUUCCACCACGAAGAACAUUUGGAGAACAUCCCAGGGACCAGCGAAAACUCUGCUUUUCGUUUCCUCUUUAACCUCAGUAGCAUCCCAGAGAAUGAGGUGAUCUCCUCUGCAGAGCUUCGACUCUUCCGGGAGCAGGUGAACCAGGGCCCUGAUUGGGAGCAGGGCUUCCACCGAAUAAACAUUUAUGAGGUUAUGAAGCCCCCGGCAGAAGUGUCGCGUGGGCACCUCAUCACACGACUACUGGACACGAGACUGGUCCACCACAAUGUGACACGGUGGGAAACUUUUGAUGUGAGCCCUGCGGUCCUUCGCUGGACCCGGGAGAAGCAGCCGAACUACGGGCUGGCCAUUGAGGUGACUCACCUCCAUCAGACACGGACCCACCAGGGCCAGCAUGUCAGGAUUAGCCGAUCGUUACCUCAAGGGAGUGGAGAUUGGGCUCAGCUCCGGCCCCUCCUGGUCACUUUUGGCCAUGAUGGCCGUGGACAUGCCUUGACCCGACGCCAGAGGGCCAAGCGGAGCCCCAAGCAUCAUCCGCAGCGGGCCCGGAAGAAGAAUAAGAACUGUCGGCGCCACUCGCUCUAUGUGGACUUCAGCGAUGUGGGCUGGAACGACUGGAUUGUGGCCCCACCAGGCUACCAGGCCUUCUACUGCCACGGGGACUGCCCCUUUCCACUGGCCGACCACCUCAACUCAACCAACCAUGCCAUUGUGCAGACCCUGGUCAACUCUGUCAACUCCAGUAUCCCCAAAGCCUGUUGUGUUCCCACCGAACUGAGCGCCAUCUCCAUGCUGUACCUGGAUGAGUAUGACAAGGUGGUACUGAAAAAUUAUCAGGAGAUGGUAGUAGAGGGAUGUGGGUGUCGCUGAGAUCAGGCAGUCCUUGGGGACACACACGUUCCUGUCCACUCACCCACACACUACACAGACUGCUUCCUUAUAGCUGGACUUCUAUCUUUAAAAAAAAAAAAAAGAAAAAAAAAGAAAAGAAAAAAAAACCUAAACAUUCACCUUGACCUUAUUUAUGACUUUACGUGCAAAUGUUUUGACCAUAUUGAUCAUAUAUUUUGACAAAAUAUAUUUAUAACUACAUAUUAAAAGAAAAAAUAAAAUGAGUCAUUAUUU